AUACUUCCAACCGCCGCCAACUUCAGAGCCUUUGCACCGCGUUGCUGCAGCGAACAUCAUAGUUCCCAAAUUCAUGUCCUAUAAAUUCAUCACCACUCACACCUCCUUCUCCAUCAUCUUCAAAUUCAUCAAUUAUUUCUUUAAUUCUCACGUCUGUGAACUUAAACAUCCAUUCUCAACUCAUUUCUGAAUACUAAUAAAUUAACCUUCCAACCAGCAACUUGACAUAUAUAUUAUAUAUAAGAUCAUGAUAGGUUAUAAAAUUUCAAGCACCAUGAUGAGUCGCUUUGUUGUUACACUCACAUUGGUGCUGCUAGGCACAACAUGUAAUGCACAAUUAUCUUCAACAUUUUAUGACAGUGCAUGCCCCAAUGCCCUCAGCACCAUCAGAACUGUGAUUCGCACUGCAGUCUCUAAAGAGCGUCGCAUGGCCGCAUCUCUCAUUCGCCUCCAUUUUCAUGAUUGUUUUGUUCAGGGUUGUGAUGCAUCAAUUUUGCUUGAUGAAACCUCCACUAUAGAAAGCGAGAAAACAGCACGCCCAAAUGAUAACUCAGUAAGAGGAUAUGAAGUCAUUGAUAAAGCAAAAACGGAGGUUGAGAAAGUGUGCCCCAAAGUUGUGUCUUGUGCAGACAUAGUCGCAGUUGCAGCACGUGAUGCUUCAUUCGCGGUCGGUGGUCCAUCAUGGACCGUGAAGCUUGGACGCAGAGACUCUACUACUGCAAGCAGAAGUUUAGCUAACAGUGACCUUCCUAGGUUCACAGACGAUCUUCAAACUCUGAUAUCUCGUUUUGAAAAUAAAGGACUCACUGCAAGAGACAUGGUUACUCUAUCCGGUGCUCACACAAUUGGACAAGCUCAAUGCUCAACAUUUCGUGAUAGGGUAUACAACAAUGCUAGUGACAUUGAUGCUGGAUUUGGUAGCACUCGUCGUCGGGGUUGUCCAUCCACGAUUAGCGCUGGGAAUGAUAAGAAGUUGGCUGCAUUAGACUUGGUGACACCAAAUUCAUUUGACUACAACUAUUUCAAGAAUUUGAUUCAGAAAAAGGGUCUUCUCCAUUCAGAUCAAGUUCUUUUUAGUGGAGGAUCUACAGAUUCUAUCGUCACUGAAUAUAGUAAAAAUCCUACAACGUUUAAGUCUGAAUUUGCAGCUGCCAUGAUCAAGAUGGGAGAUAUUCAAACGCUAACCGGCUCAGCUGGGAUCAUUAGAAAAAUUUGCGGCUCUGUCAACUAAGUUCUUCAAUGAUGCAAAUAUGCACAUAUAUAUGUCUUGUUUUAAAUUUCGCAAAUUCUUUUACAUUCCUGUCUAUGAUGUGUUCAGUAUUAUUAUCAAUUCAUUCAACUGUAUGUAGUCAUCUUUCUAUUUCAUUCAUAAAAAAUUGCAAUAAAAUGUUUAGUUUUAUAAUUUACUCUAGACUUAUAUGUUCU